AUGCUCGGGUUCUGGGCAUGGUACACAUUCCCGCCACUGUUGACAGUCACGAUCAAAAAGGACCUUCACCUCGGCGCUUCCCAAGUGGCCAACUCCAACAUUGUAUCCCUCUGUGCGACCCUGCUUCUGCGGUUCGUGGCCGGGCCCCUCGGCGACCAAUUCGGCGCCCGGCGAGUCUACGCCGCACUCCUCCCGCUGGGCUGUCUCCCCAUCGGCCUCGCGCCCCUCGUCGAGACCGCCAACGGCCUCUACGUCUCCCGGUUCCUCAUUGGCAUCCUCGGAGCGACGUUUGUCCCGUGCCAGGUCUGGUGCACCAGCUUCUUCGACAGGAACAUUGUCGGCACGGCCAACGCCCUAGCCGGCGGUUGGGGCAACGCCGGCGGCGGCAUCACCUACUUCAUGGUGCCGGCCGUCUUCGACUCCCUGGUUGCCUCGCAGGGAAUGGAGCCGUCCACAGCAUGGCGAGUCACCUUUGCCGCCCCCCUCGUCUGCGUGAUCGCUCGUGCGCUCGCCAUGGUCCUCCUCUGCCCGGACACCCCCGUCGGCAGCUGGGAAGAGAGGUCUCGAGGGCUCCGAGAAAACCAGGACCCGAGCGCCACGGCCGUCGACCCCAGCAUGUCCGGCGAGACGCCGGGCCGGGGCGAAGAAAAGGCAGCAAGGUCCGACGACGACUCGAACCUCUACAAGCCGCCAUCGGCCACGUCCCUGUCGGCAGCCGUGUCCACUGCUCGGGCAGAGACGGUGCUCAAGCCCGUCGCGCUCUCCUCACAGACGCUCUUCCACGUCGCGACGUACGCGUGCUCCUUUGGCGGCGAGCUGGCCGUCAACUCCACCAAGGCCGGCAACUACGCCGCCAUCUUCGGCUUCCUCGACCUCGUCACAAGGCCGCUCGGCGGCGUCGCAGCAGACGUCCUGUACAGGCCGUCCGGGCGCAAUCUGUGGACGAAAAAGGCCUGCAUCACGACGGCCGGCCUCCUGGGCGGCCCGGUGCUCGUCGUCGUCGGACAGGUCGACCCGUCAGAAGCCAACGGCCGCGGCGUCAUUUUCGCCCUCGUCUUCCGCUUCGUCGAGGCAGGCAACGGCGCCAACUUCGCCCUCGUCUUCCGCUUCGUCGGCGCGCUCCACAUCGCCGUCAACCUGGCCGUCUGUUGGAUCGCGCCUCUGCCAGAAGGCCAAGUUGGGGGCGGCCCCGCUAGGCAGCAGGCACACGACUUGUGCCACGUGCACCGACGGUCACUGACGGUUUGCACAGAUCUCUGCUGA